GUAGGAUCAGGGCUAAACAGCGGAUGUCACGGUAUCACUAUAAAAGUCUAUGAGACCAAGAACCAACACUUGCUUAGAGAAGUUCCGAGUGAUGAGAAACCUCUCAAAUCAGUUUCGACCGUUUUGUCAGAGAAUAAAAUGAGUUUUGUAAGGACCUUAAACCCUGGAAAUAAAAUUGGCAUAAAAGGCAGUAAUAUUCUUGGGACAGCCUACACAAAUAUUUCUGAUGGAAAAUACAGGAAAAGCACUAAUAAAGUGUAUGUAUCAAACUUCCAUUGGCAAAGUCUUCAGAAAAGAGGAAAAAGCUUUUAGGCCAACUCCUGUUCGAGAAUUUAACGACUCUCAUGCAGGAUCUAGUUUACAGAACAAGAGCUCUAUCAGAAGGAUAGAGAACCUGUCUCACCAAAUGAACUUGGUAGAGAAUGCUGAAGACAGAUCUCAUAGCUCUGAGUAUUCAAAACUCCCUGGUGUUCACCGGAACCAGCUGGGUCAUGAUACAAAUGAAAUAUCUUAGAAGUAGCUCCUGGUGCGGUGAGAGAGGAUAGAAAUAUCCUUCCCGAAUUCUCAGUCAGAAAAUUGAGUAAUUCAAAGAAUUAUGAGGACUCAUUAGCAAAUAACGAUAGUCAUUAUUUGCUAGAUUCUACUCCAGGUAAGGAACAAAGCUGUAAUCGAAUUAUGAGUACCAACGGGAUCGUAUUCAACUCCGAAACAGCUGCUGGAGAAAAAGUACUCCCGAACUUCAACCGGAGGAAUAUGUUUCAAAAUAUUUCUCCUGAGCCAUCCCAAGGUACAGUAUUCGGAGGGACAGAAGAGCAAGAAGAGCUCGUGCUUAGCAGAAUGGAGUAUACUAACAAAAAAUACAUUAAGUUCAAACAGAAAAUGAACUACAUAAAAGAUAGGCAGAGCAAGCUGAAGUUCACAAAUUAUGAUGAUCACCGAUAUGGCUAUGUCCCUAUGAAGCUCAACAGGAAAAGGUCUAGCAAUUUCCCUACCAGUGAAAGUAUUUUUAAAGAGAGGACUUCUACUUACCAGAAAGCUAUUAUGAAAGAAGAGGAAAGAAAGAAGAUUCUGCAAUUGAAAAAGAAUGAAUGCAUGACUCAGAGAGCCCAAGCUGAGUUCCGAGAUGGCUCUGUUUAUAAGGUUGCUACUUUCACCAGACCGUUCAACAAGAUGAAGUUUCAAUGGAGGCAAGGCUCUAGAGACCAUGCUGCUGUAAAGACUCAGAAGAGCUUUCUUGCAGUUCAAGGAAGAAAGAAGAAUAUUCAAGCAGAUCAUGCAUUUUUGAAUGCUAAAUAAGUUAGCAGAAUUUCACGCUGAUUCUCAGAAUAAUUUCAAAGGUGAAAGAGAGGCUCCAAUAAAAAGAUUCGGCCCGAAGGAGCUUAAAACUCGAGAUGUGCUUAAUAGCAAUGGAAAGAAACUUAUUCAAAACAAGCCUAAACCUCGAAACAAAUGUUGAAAUACUUCUCAAGGGUUUAAAGAAAAAUCCCAAGAAGAUUUGAUCAAGCAUAAAAAUCUGAAUCAAAUUGAGAGAAAAGUUACUGAGAAAUCUCACUCAAGGAAAGAAUCUAUAAUUGAAAAAACCUUGCCUGAAGACAAAGAUGAAGUAACCAGGAAUUUAGACAAAUCGAUCUCUCAUACAAGUCAACCUAAGCUCUUCAGAAAGCCUCAAGGAGUUCGUGUGGGUGUUAUUCUAGCUAAUAGUCAUGACGAAGUUGCUAAAGAGAAGGAGAAGAAGCUAGCAUUACGAAAGAAAGCAACUGAGAUUUAUAACAAUCUGUCUUCAAAUUACAAAAUAAAUUCUCAAAAGCAAUGCUUAAAGUACAUAAUUAUGAAGGGUAACAACAGCAAUGUCAUUGAGAGAUGAAUGAAGUUAAGACCAGGAUGGGAACAAACCGCUCAGUUUGAUACCAUGUUUAAUUUCAAGUGGCAACAAACAAGUCAAGGCAUCAAGUUUAACCAGCUUUCUACCAAUGGGAAGUAAGCAGUUAGUCAACCAUAUGGAAAACCAUGCUCAGAUUACUACUAAGGAUAAUUUAUUCAAGAAUCUUUGUGAGAAUUUGGAUAAGAAAGUUUUUGAAUAUGUUCCGAUGACAUUUUGAAUCGAGUUGAGCCAGGAUAGUAAUUUCAAUGACUUGAAUAAAUUCAAGAACUUGCAAAAAUUAGUUCAUCAAUAUUCACAAGAGGAGAUGAGCAGAGAAGAAUUCGUAGAUCAGUUCAGUGAUAGUUACCACCCAGUUGCUAAUUCAAAGAAGAGCAGAUGGAACAAAACUGGAGAGAAGCUCAACCUCCCUGAAACUCACUUCUCAGGGCAUAAUAUGUGGAUAUUGAAGGUUACUAAGCUAAACCGUGGGAGAGGUAUUUAUGUGAUCCAAGCAAAUGAAUCGUGUGAUGAAAUUUUAGAGUUGAUAAAGGAGUUACAGAAGGGAAUUAUAAUUAAUUCCAAUGAAAAUUCCCAAGCUUCAGGGGAUAUUUCUAAGGAAAAUACAAAGGAUUCCACGUUUAGUAAUAUCAGUAGUGCUCCUAGGAAAAUACAAAGCUCUACUUUUGUAAUCCAGAAGUACAUCGAAAGACCUUUAUUGAUAAAUAAAAGGAAGUUUGACAUUAGAGUAUGGGUCUUGCUCACUGUUGAUCUCAAAGUCUGCUUCUUUAAAGAAGGGUAUCUUCGAACCUCUUGUGAGGAUUUCUCAUUAGGACAAGAUGCCAUUGACAAGACAUAUAUUCAUUUGACUAAUAAUGCUGUUCAAAAGUACUCAGAGAAUUAUGGCCAAUUCGAAGAUGGUAAUCAGCUCUCUUUUAACUAUUUCCAAGAUUAUAUUGAUGAACACUACUCUGAUUCUGGAAUAAAUGUUAAGAGAGAUCUUGUAGAAAGAAUGAAAGAGUCUAUUGUUGCUUCUUUCAAGGCAGCUGAAAGCUGCCUUUUUAAAGACAAUAAACACUCACAAUUCGAGCUUUUUGGCUAUGACUUUAUUAUUGAUGAGAAUUUUGAGACCUGGCUUAUUGAAAUCAAUACAAAUCCUUGCCUUGAAGAAUCGAGUAAAAUUCUACAAGCUCUUAUUCCAAGAAUGGUUGAUGAUGCCUUGAAAUUAACUCUGGAUCCACUCUUUAAGAAAAAUUUAAGAGCCAAACUGAAUGAAGGCGAUCACUCUGAUGCUGAUCUAGAUGCUCAAGAAAGUACAUUCCCAGUAGAAGGAUAUGAAAACACAGAAAAUUUAUGGGAAGAAAUAAUGUAGAUUUUAAUAUACUUCAAUCUAAAA